AUGGACUAUAAAAGUGCAUCCGAGAACAUCAAGGAGCUCGAUAUUCCAUGCUCAAACGCCUCUCUGCCACCCUCCACAUCUGGCACGAACUCCUUAGGACAACGGACUGGGGCAACUUUGGGGAGACCGGCAGCAGCCAACGCGGCCCGAGAGCGUAGCCGAGUACAGACCCUGCGGCAUGCCUUCUUAGAGUUGCAGAGAACUCUGCCCUCUGUGCCACCUGACACCAAGCUCUCCAAGUUGGAUGUAUUACUUCUAGCCACCACCUACAUUGCCCAUCUCACCCGCAGCUUGCAGGAUGAAGAAGAAUUGCCUGGUGAGGGCUUGGGAACUCUGAGAGGGGAUGGCUACCUACACCCUGUUAAGAAAUGGCCAAUGAGAUCACGCCUAUACAUUGGAGCAUCAGGACAGUUUUUGAAUCCUUCAGUGCAAACAGAAAAUGUAAAUCAAGGAGAAACCUCGACAAAUUCUCAAAUGUAA